UAACGCCUCUCGUCCUCCCCGCCGCCAUCACCGCCAGCGCCGCUUCCGCCCCGCGAGGCCCCCCCUGCGCGGGCUGCCCCGCGCGCAGCCUGACCCCCCGCCGCCACCCGCGGCGCUUCCCGCUCCGCGGCGGCUCCCACAGGAUUCUCCUCACCCCGCAGGGAGCGAGCGCUGCCGGGCGCCACGCACGGGGCCAGCGCGGAGCGGCGCAGGCGGCGCGGCGGACGGGCGGGCGGCGGAAGAGCCGGCGGGAGCCCCGGGGCGGCGCCGUGCGGUGGCGGAUGGAGCUGGUGGCGGGGUGCUACGAGCAGGUGCUGCUGGGGUUCGCCACGCGGCCCGGCCAGUCCUGGACAGUCAUCCCUGAUUUUACGCAUCAUGCCCACACCGCCUCAUUGUCAGCAGUAGCAGUGAAUAACAGAUAUGUGGUCACUGGGAGCAGAGAUGAGACAAUCCAAAUCUAUGACAUGAAAAAGAAGAUUGAACAUGGGGCGCUCCUACAGCACAAUGGCACGAUAACUUCUUUGGAGUUCUAUGGGACUGCACAUCUACUGAGUGGGGCUGAAGAUGGACUCAUUUGUAUCUGGAACACAAAGAGAUGGGAAUGUCUGAAAUCCAUUAAGGCACAUAAGGGACAUGUGACAUCUCUUUCUAUUCAUCCUUCUGGAAAAUUAGCUUUGUCAGUCGGAACAGAUAAAACAUUAAGAACUUGGAAUCUUGUUGAAGGACGAUCAGCCUUCAUCAAAAACCUGAAGCAAAAUGCACACAUAAUUAAAUGGUCCCCUGAUGGAGAGAAGUAUGUGACCGUGAUAGCAAACAAAGUGGAUAUCUACAGACUUAACACAGCUUCAAUCACUGGCACCAUUACAACAGAGAAGAGAAUUUCUUCACUUAGAUUUAUUACAGAUUCUAUCCUUGCCAUAGCUGGAGAUGAUGAAAUGAUUAGGUUCUACAGCUGUGAUUCUCAAAAAUGCUUGUGUGAAUUUAAAGCGCAUGAAAACAGAAUAAAAGAUAUUUAUAGUUUUGAAAGAGAAGGACAGCAUGUCAUUGUUACUGCAUCCAGUGACGGUUACAUUAAAAUGUGGAAUCUGGAUCUUGAUAAGAUUAGAGAUGGGCCAUCUCUACUGUGUGAGGUCAAUACCAAAGCUAGGCUGACAUGUCUUGCAGUAUGGCUUGACCGAGCUUCAGAAAUGAAAGAAAACUCUGAUAAAACUGCAACAUCCUCUCAAGAAACAGAAGAUGAAAAGUCAUCAAUAGCCAAGAUAAACAAAGAUUUUUGGACUACUAAAAGGGUUAAAAUAGCAAAAAGAAAGAGAAGAAUUGUUCCAGAGAAACAAAAGCCGGAAGCUCCAGUGCAAAAGAAGAAAAAGAAACAGAAUAUCUCGGCAUGAAGGCAGCUACUGUCUCUCCUGUAUAAAAAUUUUCAGGGAACAGCUUAGAAUGGUAGAGGGGAGGCAGCAGUGCAGAGUGAGGAGAUGUCAGCGGUGACAAAGCUGUCCCUGUCAGAAGGGGUGGGUGUGCAUGACACUGGGAGAGUAGAUGGAGCCAUAGCUGUAAGGAGCAACAGCUCAGGCAGCAGCAUCUCACCUGAGCCCCAGGUGAGUUCAACAGCUCCAGCAGCAGUGGAUUUCUUCCAGUUUUCUGCUUCCCCUCUUGGGGAAUCCCUGUGCUGGAUCACAAAGCAGAGCCCAGUGAAUCUUGAACAUCAUAGCUGUUACACAGCUUGAAUUAAAAAGGAAAUACCAUCCACCAUAGCUUACAUAUGUGUUGGUUGUGCCACUUUGCACGGAGGGAGGAGAUUCCUACUUAAACCACUGAGGCCAACAAAGGAAUUAAAGUGCUCCCCACUUUCUGACCAUUAUGCUAAUUCAUAAAGAUGGCAAAAUCUGAAAUGCAGCUACAGAAAGCUGCAUUUUGCAGAAAGUACAGGCCCCUCAUGUUUUAUGCCUUCUAUUAUGAAGAGGAAUCGAAAACCCUCAGUUUAGGGAUCUAGCUGUAGGAGUACUUUUUCUUUCUAUAUGGUGAAACAUCCAAGGGACAAUUGGAAUAAUAGCAUGGAGGACCAUUUACAUGAAGAAAAUCCAUUUCAGCACUCAGAAAAGAGUUUAGCUUUGUAGGCAGUUAUAAACACCUCUACAUUUUUCCAGACUAAAAGAAGAUGCAAAACAUUUUCUUUACAAGGUGUUUUCCAUCUCCCACUGUUGAGUAAUUUCUACAGCAGAAGACUGCUUUUUCUGAUGUACUAGUUUGCAAUUUGGAGGACCUAGAAAUCCUCUACGUGUUCUGUAUAAGAGCUAUACUGAAAUUACUGAUGGAAGCUGGAAGCAGUCUGUAGGCUGCCCAGAGUUGUAGCUCAUGUUACAGCAAAACCCAAGCCCAAAUUCUCAGCUGUAGCACGUAACCCCACUUCUGGAUGAGGACCGGCAUGGAUUAGGUGUACACGACUGCAAUUCCGCAGGAGCUUUGCCGCUCACUGAACAUGAGCACAAAACCUGGUCUGUACUGUGU